AUGUCUCUGACCAAGGCCGAGAGGACCAUCAUCCUGUCCAUGUGGGACAAGAUCUCCACCCAGGCCGAUGCCAUUGGCACCCAGGCCCUGGAGAGGCUCUUCGCCAGCUACCCCCAGACCAAGACCUACUUCCCGCACUUCGACCUGCACCCGGGCUCCGCGCACCUGCGCGUGCACGGCGCCAAGGUGGUGGCCGCGCUGGGCGAGGCGGUCAAGAGCAUCGACAACAUCGGGGGCGCCCUGGCCAAGCUGAGCGAGCUGCACGCCUACAUUCUGCGCGUGGACCCGGUCAACUUCAAGCUCCUGUCGCACUGUCUGCUGGUCACGGUGGCCUCGCACUUCCCCGCCGACUUCACCGCGGACGCCCACACCGCCUGGGACAAGUUCCUGUCCAUUGUGUCGUGCGUCCUGACGGAGAAGUACCGCUGA